UCUGUAACACAAACCGGGGCCCCCGGACUCUGCGGCUGGGCUCCCGGGGACGGAGGACGCUCAGUCGAGGUCCCCUCCGGCCCUGCACGUGUGUGAUGGUCUGAACCCCCCUGGGCGCUGGGCCGGGCUGCCCCAGGCGCAGGGGGCCGCCGAGCAAUGGGUCCAGCGCUAGGACCCAGAAGGGAGCUGGGGACGGAAGUGAAUUCGCUACAGUAACAUUUGGUUGCUGGUGGAUUCCAGGUUCCCCUUGCAAGAGCCCGGAGCCCGGGCUGCAGCCGGGAGAGGGGAAUCUCCAGCCGGGCGCUUCCCGCUGCUCCCCGGGAGCCUCUCCCAGGGCAGAGCCCCCAAUCUGGCCAGCACCCUCCUGUAUAGGGAAGACAGAUCCCCCCACACACACACACCAGAUCUGGGAUCCCCAGCCCUGAGAGGGAGACGCUCCCCACUGAGCAGCCCCUGCUCUCAGACACAGCACACCCUGGAGGGAAGAUAUUCAAAGAUAAGGUUCCCACAUGAUAUCGACCUUCCUGUUCUUGAGCACGCACAUCAGAACACAGUCCCCUCUGAUCGUCUCGCAGAGAUGAUUUCUCGGUCAUUGUAGUGUGGCCGUCGUAUGUGCUGUGUGUGUCUCACUGAUUCAUAGACUUGAAGGUCAGAAGGGACCAUCAUGAUCAUCUAAUCUGACCUCCCGCACAUUGGCGCUCUGGACUCAAGUCACCUGGACCCUUCACAGCUUGAGAAGAACGGCAGCUUCUCAGCCCUUUCAAAGCACUUCUGACCCCCCUUGACAGUCUGGGGAUCUCCACAGCCAGCAGCAUUCCAGCCCGUGGGUUGGUAACAGACUGGUCCUCCCUGGCUGGUCAAACUGUAUCUAAAGUGAUACAUCGCUGGAUCCUGAACCCAUUAGCCAGAGGCUGCUGUGGAAUAUGAAGGGGGCACCCAGCAGUGAGGCCCAGAGGAGAGGCCCUGUCCCCUCACCCCCAGCUGCUGUGGGGGACAAGGAGCUCUCUCUUUCUCCCCACACCUGGCUGCCCUGAGCAGGGUGGGGGUGGGAUUCUGCUACUCUUCCCUCCGCCCCCCCCUCCGAGCUUCCAUUUUAUUGGCCCUCCUCUCCUGUGACUAGUGGGAUUGUGGCUGGGGCAGCAGGUGCUGAGCGGGGGACUCUUGUUGUUUCAAAUGCCGGUGACCUUCGAGGAGGUGGCUGUGUAUUUCACCCAGGGGCAGGGGGCUCUGCUGGACCCCGCUCAGAGAGCCCUCUACAGGGACGUCAUGCAGGAGAACUACGAGACGGUGACCUCGCUGGGACUGCCCCUUCCCAAACCUGACCUGAUCUUCCGUUUGCAACAAGGGAAGGAGCCGUGGGUCCCAGAUCUCCAAGCGCCUGAGAGAAGGCAGAUCCGGAGAGGCGCCUGCCCAGGUGAGGAAUCAGGGAGACUGACACAGAAACAGCCUGCAGGCGACAGGAUGGUGAAAGAGGAUGAGGAAGAGAAUCCACGGCAGGCAGGCUGUAAGGAGCCAGAACCCCAUGGGGCAUCAUCCAGAUGCUCCAAAGAAGACAUUGCAUCAAGUCUUGAGCAGGGAAAAGCCUCUGAGAGUCAGCACAGGUCAGGAAAGCAGCCAGGGAAGAAAGGGUGUCAAUCCAUUAGUUCUAGUAGAGGUGGAAAGGACAUCCUGGAAACCUCAGUGCAGCAGAGAACCCAUACAAGAGAGAAAAAAAAACCACCCACCGAAUGCGAGAGACGAUUCAAUAUGAGCAAACAGCUUGGUGGAUCUCAGACCCCCCACCAGGGAGAGAAGCCCUAUAAAUGCCAGGAGUGCGGGAAAAGUUUCAAUCAGAGCUCCAACCUUAUUCUGCACCAACGAACACACACGGGAGAGAGGCCCUACAAAUGCCUUGACUGCGGGAAAAGUUUCAAUCGGAGCUCGAGCCUCGUCGUGCAUCAGAGAAUCCACACGGGAGACAAACCCCACAAAUGCACCAAAUGUGGGAAGAGUUUCAUUCAGAGCUCAAACCUGACGACGCACCAAAAAAUCCACACGGGAGAAAAAAACUGUCAAUGCCCAGAAUGUGGGAAAAUGUUCAGCGACAACUCAGCCCUGAUUAAGCAUCGAAGAAUCCAUUCAGGGCAGAAACCCUAUAAAUGCCCGGAAUGCGGGAAAGGGUUUAGUGACAGCUCAACCUGUAUUCGACACCAGAGAACCCACACGGGAGAGAGACCCUAUAAAUGCCUGGAUUGUGGGAAAAGCUUCAAUCUGAGCUCCAACCUAGUUACGCACCGGAGAAUACACACGGGGGAAAGACCCUAUAAAUGCACUGAGUGCGGGAAAACCUUCAAUCGGAGCUCAAACCUGAUUUCUCAUCGGAGAACCCACACGGGAGAGAAACCCUAUAAAUGCACGGAGUGUGGGAAGAGCUUCAGUCAAACUUCUAAUCUUAUUUCUCAUCGGAGAAUCCACACUGGAGAGAGACCCUAUAAGUGUAUUGAGUGCGGGAAAAGCUUCAAUCAGAGCUCCAACCUUAUUACGCAUCAAAGACUCCACACGGGAGAUCGACCCUACAAAUGCCCCGACUGUGGGGAAAACUUCAAUCAGAGCUCAGAUCUUAUUACUCACCAGAGACUGCACACGGGAGAGAGGCCCUACACAUGCAUGGACUGUGGGAAAAGUUUCAUUUGCCGCUCAAACCUCAUUUCGCAUCAGAGAAUCCACACGAGAGAGAGACCCUAUAAAUGCUUAGACUGCGGGGAAAGUUUUGACUGGAGCUCACAGCUUAUUAAACAUCAGAUAUUCCAUACGGGAGAGAAACCGUACAAAUGCUUGGACUGUGGGAAAAGUUUCAGCGACAGCUCCACCCUUAUUUCGCACCGGAGAAUCCACACGGGGGAGAGACCCUAUAAAUGCCUUGACUGUGGGAAAAGCUUCCAUCAGAACUCAACCCUUAUUAGGCACAGAAGAACCCACACUGGAGAAAAACCCUAUAAAUGCCUCGACUGUGGGAAACGUUUCAAUCAGAGCUCAAACCUUACUACGCAUCAGAGACUUCACACUGGAGAGAGACCCUUUAAAUGUACAGAGUGCGGGAAAAGCUUCAUUCAGAGAGUAAACCUCAUUUCUCAUCAGAGAAUCCACACGGGGGAGAGACCCUAUAAAUGUACUGAGUGUGGGAAAAGCUUCAGUAAGAGAUCGCACCUAAAUACACACACGAUAAUCCACACGGGAGAGAGACCCUAUAAAUGUACCGAGUGUGGAAAAAGUUUCGAAAACUUGAAGUGGAGUUCAGAACUUGUUACACAUCAGAGACUCCACACAGGAGAGAUCCCUUAUAAAUGCUUCGACUGUGGGAAGUGUUUCAUGCGGAGUUCAACCCUUAUCUUACACCAGAGAAUCCACACAAGAGAGACCCCCUAUCAGUGCCCUAACUGUGGGGAAAGAUUCAGGUGGAGUACGCAGCUUGUGAAGCAUCAGAUGCUCCACACGGGAGAAAGACCCUAUAAAUGUCCCGACUGUGGGAAAAGCUAUAGUGACAGCUCAUCCCUUAUUUCACAUCAGCGAACCCACACAGGAGAGAAGCCCUAUACCUGUGUGGACUGUGGGAAAAGUUUCAAUCAAAACUCAACCCUGAACAGACACAAGAGGCUCCACACGGGAGAAAAACCCUAUAAAUGCACUGAGUGUGGGAAAAGUUUCAGUCAGCGAUCAAACCUCAGUGUGCAUCAGCGACUCCACACAGGAGAGAAACCCUAUAAAUGCCCUGACUGCGGGAAAAGCUUUAAUCGGAGAUCAAACCUUAGCGUGCACAAGAAACUCCAUGCAGAAAAGAAACCUUGAAUGGGGGAGAUGCUACAACUGGUGCUCCGAUUUAUAUUGGGCAUCAGCAAAUCCAUACAGGGAAGAUACCUCUUCAACAUCCUGAGCAUGGAAAAUACUUCAAGCAGAGUUAAUGGGCCUCUCUACCCUACAGAGCCUUGGCCGGGAUAGCUCUGCUGGCAGUCACCUAGUGGAUAAGCAGCGCAAGCCAACAGAGAUCUUCUGCCAAAACAGCUAAACAGCCUCCCGGAAGGAGAUUAGCUAAACCCACAGAAGCACUAGCUGUGUCUACACUCAGAGUUUUGCCAGCAUGGCUGGGGGUGUGUAAUAUUUUUCCCCACACUCUUAGCCAACAUAGCUAUGCCGGCAAAACUCUGUAGUCUAGACAAAGCAGUUAUUGGACAACAGGAGAGAGAUUCUAUCAGUGCCCUGACUAGGGCUGGCUACCGUGUUAAAAAAAUAAAAAAAUCUGUUUCCUCAUUCCCACACACAUCAGGGGCAUUUGGCUCUCAGGGAUCCAGAAGCCCAUCGCUGGGGUGAGGACCCAGGAGCAGCCGAGCAGCAGCUGGUCAGUGACCCUCUGGCUCUGCCUGGACUAAGCAAACCCUAGGCAGAGGAGGAGAAGCCCCCAUCAGCCCCUCCCUGCUGCAGCCCUGGCUGCUGAGCUGAUGGGCCACAGGUGGGGGACGGGAGAGAGAGAAACUCCUCCAGAUGCUCCCUCACCCAGGCUGAAGUUCCCCCCUCUCCAUUUCCCACCCAGCCGGGAUCCCCCUGCCAUGGAGAUGAGGAGAAGGUGUCAGGCCCCACCUUCACUCUAGACCCAUGUCCCCACCCCCAUCUUCCACCAGCCCUUGGGCUGGGCUCCCCCAUUUCCCUCGAGCUGUUCCCUACAGGGCGAGUGUCCCUGAGGGGCCGAUAACUCCUCAUCUCCCCAAAUCUACAAGGGUGCUGGGCUCUGGGGGAUCAAAGGCUGAGACCAAGGGGGACAGGUUUUGGGAAUAGAGCUGGAGUAUUAAAUAUUGGAGCUGGGAAGCAGAGCGAGCUGAGUGCUGGGGCUAUCGGGCAUUUGGGGAUCAUGGAAUAAGAGGAGGUGGAAGGGAUGGGGUUAGGAAGAUGAUUUCUCCUAUCAUUCACAUCCCUGCUCCCCCUGCAAUGAAACAUUGACAGGGCCUACUUUCCCUAGGACCCCUUGUAGGAUCCCUAGAAAAGCCUAGAAGCCUAGGAAUCCCCUCUCAGCUUCACCACCCUCAGCCUCUGAGUGUUCUCUUAGAUUAGGAAGUGUGGACAGGGAUAGCUAGCGCAUUUCCUUCUGAUCCUGGCCAAACUUUCACCCUGUUUUCUAAUUCAGACCCACACGGAGCUCAUUUAGCAGGGUGAUUGUUAGUUACCGAGUUCCUGCUUCAGGGACACAGUGACUCAUCCCCAGUUCUUCUUAUCUUGCUUGGGGUCGUCCCAAAGACUUCUUUGUUUUUUUAAUAAAACAGAAUGGCAUAACUAAACAGAUUAUAAAUGGAUUUGGGCAGGGAUAGAAAAAUAUUUUGUGUUAGUCUCUGUGUUACUUGAGGACAACCUGGUGAAACAGGGAUUCUUGCCUUUCCCCAUGACCACUUCAUUCCCCUCUUCCCAGUUUUACCUUAAGAACAGCCAUACUGGGUCAGACCGAUGGACCAGCUUGCCCAGUAUCCUGUCUUCCGAUAAUGGCCAAUGCCAGAUGCUUCAGAGGGAAUGAACAGAACGGGGAAAUUAUCGAAUGAUCUAUCCCCUGUCAUCCAGUCCCACCUGCUGGCCAUCAGAGGCUUAGGAAUACCUAGAACAUGGAGUUGCAUCCCUGUCCAUGUUGGCUAAUAGCCAUUGAUGGACCUAUCCUUUGUAUCUAAUUCUUUUUUGAACCCAGUUAUAGUUUUGGCCUUCACAUCACUUGGCAAUGAGUUCCACACGUUGACUGUGCGCUGUGUGAAGAAGUAUUUCCUUUUGUUUGUUUUAAACCUGAUGCCUAUUAAUUUCAUCAUUUCCCCCCUUAAUUUCAUGGAUCUUCUGUCCAUGCCAUGGAGAAUUUAUCUUCUCUUUAUCCUACCCCUGUAGUUCCCAAAGUGGCACACGGCACAGUGUUCUCAGGUCUCCGUGCUUAGGAAUUGCGCUUUGAUAACUUUGAUCCUAAAUCAGGAGGACUGGAGCCGAAAGCAUCACAGACCCAGAGGGGGAAUUCGAAUAAAUCCCAGACACAGUAUGAUCAUUCUGAACCUAAAUCCCAGUUUCCAUCUGUUGGUAAAGAGGUUUGUGGGGUUUUGCCAGCCAAGCUCUGUUUGUUUGCAGGUGGGAAGGUUUCGUGGUGGUGGAGGUGUUUCUUUCCUUCAUUCUUUCUUUUCCCCCUUUGUUACGAUGAGGCUAAAAUUUUGAUACAUAACACAAGGCACAAAGUGCAACAGGCAAAAGGCAGUUUACAGGAGAACUCAGGUAAAGCUUUUCUUCUGCAUUUGAGUCAAAUACAACAUGUCCUGGAUUUCACUUGAUAUGAACAUGGAAGUGUACCAUAACCCCCCAUAGGGUGGCCUGUUCUCUCUUUCCUGUUGGUCAUUUGGUCACAGACUUGGAUAUUAGUGUUGUAUGACAGAAUGUAGACCUGAAUUACUGGGGGCUUCAUGAGGCAACUGACCAGAUACCAGUAUAGCCCUUAUUUUAUUUUUUUGCCAUUUUCCCAGGGGUGCUAGAACAAUUUUGUACAGUCGGGGUGCUGAGAGCUAUUGAACCAGCUUGUGAACCCUGUAUAUGAUGGAAACCACUUCAAGCCAGCACCCCAAGUUCCAGCACCUAGGCAUUUUCCCCAGCCUUUGCCCUGAGAUGUUAGCGUCGUUUGAACAGUGAUCACUAUAAACAGCCACAAACACUGACGGGCGAAUGUGAGAGUCGCUAUCCAAAAAGCAGAGGCUAAAACGGGGCAGGAAGUUACGUCUGACCCCUAGCAGAGCUGUAAGAUACAGUCAGAUGGGGCAGCAUGGGAGGGCAGACAGACGCAGCCGGAAUCCCGCAGGGUUUGCUUUUGAGAGCCAGACAACUGAGGCGGCAUUCGCUGCAUGGGGGCCAGCGAGACAAGAAGGCGAAUCUAAAGGGCUCUUAAUGAGCCCUCCAAGGAAAUGAUGGGGGUGUCUCUUGAUUCCCAGGAGGUUGAGCGGAGCUGAGAAGAAGGGGGGGAAGUCAGCAGGCCUGUCCUUUCCAAAAUCCAGGGUGAGCCCCAUCACUGAGGCCAGUGGCAACAAAGAGCUGUGACCCAAGUGCCUUACGUUUGAAAACAGACGCAGGUAGACAGUUACAAGUCUAUACCCAGGGACUUGCCUCGACGUACCCAGACAGGACUGUUUCUCUGCGAUCGCCAUCCGGAUGAUACUUCACCAAAGGGGGCUGCGUGCGGGUGUUGUUAUUGCUGGAGGUACAUAUGGGAAAUGUUUUAAGGGUGUAGAAUAUUGCGUUCCCAAGCUCCUGGAGGUGAAGCUGGUCACUUGGGGCAGGGUGGCUCUUGGAGCCAACUCAGCCUAGAGUGAGAACAGUCGACAUCUUUCAACCCAGCCCAGCCAAGUGUAGACAAGGUGUGGGCGUGGGCCUUUACAAAGCACAAAAGUGUCCAAGAAAAAGACCUUGAACAGGGGACAAACUGGAGUUAACGAAACAUCCUGGGUCUCAAAAGAGACACAAGGUCUGACACCGCAUGAAAGGGAAAGAAGGCACAAGACAGUGUCCAUUCUGGAGGUGAUAGUCUGCCAGCGUGUCUUCAAGUGGAUUCCAGCUCUGGACGAGCAUUAUACAGACUGACUUUUGGGUGAGAAAUGCCUUAGGAGAUGGGAAAGAAACUUGUUAAUAAGCAUAGUCCUGAGAUUGCAUUUUAUAUAUUCCCUUUAUCGUAACCAUACGUUUCCCAUCCUUAUACUUGCUUCGCUCUGAAUCUUCAUUGUAAAGUUCUAGCAAAUAAACUUCUAUUUGGUGACA